CACAUGUGGAUCUCUACUCAGAGGGAGAAUCAGCACUGCAAAGAGACGGAGAGGAACAGAGAAGAGUGCAUGUGCUCAUGUAGAAACGAGAUGUGGCUUUUAGUUUAAGGACAGAAGCACUGAUGGGAUGUGAGUGAGGUCAAGUUUAACUACAAGAACAACCCCUAAGGAUCAGUUCCCCAAGUUUCUCUGAUUUGACUGCAAAGAAAAACUAAAUUCUAAAGGACUUCAGUGACAGAGCAAUGUAAAACUAGAGUACAACUUUACCAAAGGACUACUGAUAGUUUCUGAGUGGAUGCUCAGUUCCAAAGCUAAGAGAUUCAUGUGUUAAGAUCUUUAGAGCCUUGAAAGAAACAUUUGGAGAGGUCAAGAAGUUUCAGCACCUGUUGACGAUGUCUUUCGCGAUGGUACGACCGGCUCCCAGCCGAUACCUGUACUCAGAUAUCUCUAUGAUGUCAGAGGACGAUGAGAAUGGUAGUGAGAGCUCUGGCUCUGAUGACCGCUCAUUUCGCUUGGACAACUCAGGGUAUGAUCUGAAAGUCGGAGGCAGAAAGAGGAAAUCUGGCGUUGGGGGUGGAAGUGGACGGCUCUUAGGGACGCCACCAAACUCCCUUGGCAUAGCAGGUUUAGUGGUACCGGAGGGCCGCCAACGCAACGCAGCCAACGCACGGGAGCGAGAUCGCACCAACAGCGUCAACACGGCGUUCACCGCAUUGAGGACUCUCAUCCCUACGGAACCGGCUGACCGGAAGCUCUCCAAGAUCGAGACCUUGCGGUUGGCCUCCAGUUACAUCUCCCACCUGGGAAACGUGCUGCUGGUGGGCGAAGCUUGCGGGGAUGGCCAGCCGUGCCACAGCGGGGGACCCUCAACCUCAAACUACUACCACCAUCAUGAAUCUCCAAGCCAAGACUCUGAGAACUCGCAACCCAAACAGAUUUGCACGUUUUGCCUCAGCAAUCAGAGGAAACUGAGCAAAAAUAGAGAGAGGAAAUCAGCCCUGAGGAGUUAAGCCACGACUUCACGAUGUGUUUGGAUGUACAAAACAUGAAACAUUUAUAAAAACUGUUGACUGAAAACAAAGUUGUGGUGUAUAUAUGCAAAUAUCAAUUCAUAUUUAAUUAUUUGUAAAUGGUCUUUGGACUGAGCUCAGCUUUCUAUUGGAGGAUAAAAUGUUCGACUGGAAAAUGACACGAAUUCUCAGACUGCAGCAACUUGUCUUACGCAAGAGCUGAACAUUUUACCACAGACUUCGGCAAUUUCCACUUUCACAGUUUCCACCUUUUCCACACGUCGACAACACCAAAUGUUUAUCUUUCACUACAGGGAGCUGAUUUAGGCUUUUUGCCAAAGACUGUUCAAAUACGACGACUGCAGAUACCAAAAAUGUUCACAUGGUCGCAAAUGCUCAGAAAUGGCGCUAUGGAGUUUGACUUUGUAAAGCAAAACAAUGAUAAAAGGAAGACCAUCCUUCUGAUAUUUUCAGAAUCGGAGGGAACUUUUGGGACAGUGCAUAUAUCGAGGACAUGAGUGGAUGCAAUUUGAUAUGUUGCACAAGUAAUUCUUACAAAUUUGGUUAAACUGAAAAAAGACAGCCUAACUAUGAAAAAAAACAACAACAAUAUGUUCAAUAAAUGCAGUAUACUGUAUGUCUAACAUGGCAAAUUACAUAUAUUCUUCAUUGAGUAAAUAAAAAAAAAUAAAAAAAAUGUAAAGCUCAGUUUUUUUGGGCACGACUCAAAACCAUGUUACAAAGACUUUUUAGUAGUUUAAAUGUCUUUGCCUCUUUCAGGCUGCCUUCAGCUAAAGCUAAAAGCAGAUACAAAUAAACAUUCAUUCCAUUAUCCCUGUAGAAUAUCUCUCGUAUU